UAAUAAUAAACUAUUCUGUUUUGAUGUAAAUCAUUAUUGUGAUAACAUUGAAAGGGAAACUUCUAAUAGAUGGUUGAUUAGUUUUGUAUUAAUCAUUUCACCUUUUUACACAUCAAUUUUAUCAACAUUUAAUCAUUUCAAUAAAUCUCUCCUUCAAUCUUACAAUCUUACAUUGGUUUUGAUUUGUGCAUAAAACGUCAUACAAUCUCACUUUCACAAUAAAACCACCUUUUGAUUUUUUUGUUUUCAUUCAUUUCCAUUCGUUCCUCUGUUUGCAACAUUUGUCUCUGGAUUUUUUGCGACAUUAACUUAAACCAUGUCAGAAUUUUAUUAUAAUCGACACCAAGGACCUAAAGCUCAUUGGAUUGAUGCUGAAGGAGGUUUCGUGCCAUAUGGAGAAGCUGUAGUUGGUGGAAUGGACAUCAGUGGGGAAACCCUUUACGUUGGUCGAGCUCUUCAGGAUGGUGAAUGUAUUCCUGGUAAAAUUGUUCCUUCACAUGGUGUAUGUUAUGUUGCCUAUGCUGGUCGAGAACACCCUCAUCGAGUCUACCAAGUUCUUCGUGGUCACGGUCUUGAAUUUUGCUGGGUACCAUCUUCCGAAGGUAUGACUCCAACUGGUGCUAUUGAAGGAGGUAAAACUAGUGACGGAGAAAGUCUCUUCAUUGGCCGCACCUUCCAUCAAGGAUCUCAUGUUAUCGGUAAAAUUCAUCCUAGUCAUGGUCGAUUGUACAUUCCAUUUGGAGGUGAUGAGCAUUCCUUCUCUGACUAUGAAGUUCUCUGUAUGAAGACAGUUUCUUUGUAAGCCUACCAAAACAGCCAGCUAGUGAUCAAAGUUUCUGGAAAGCUGCUAAAUAGCGAUUGUGCCACUUUUGCGUAUUUCUUCUCAAUAAGAGCUCAAAUGAAACAUGAAGCAAAAUUGAAUUACUUUUUGUAAAUCUUUAUAUCCACUAAGUUGAUGAAUAAAGAUUAAUUUAUAAUUUA